GGUCCGGCACCCGACUUCCGCCUUCUGGUCCGGCUGUGGGCUGCGCCGCACCCCAGCCCGCGCCUCGCAUGGCUGCGUCCCGGGCCGGACCUGUGGAGCUGGGCUUCGCCGAGUUGGCGCCCGCGUGGCGACUGCGCAGCGAGCAGUUCCCCAGCAAGGUAGGCGGGCGGCCGGCGUGGCUGGGCGCGUCCGGGCUGCCGGGGCCCGGGGCCCUGGCCUGCGCGCUGUGUGGCCGCCCGCUGUCCUUCCUGCUGCAGGUGUAUGCGCCGCUGCCCGGCCGCGCCGACGCCUUCCACCGCGGCAUCUUCCUUUUCUGCUGCCGCGAGCCGCCAUGCUGUUCCGGCCUGCGAGUUUUUAGGAAUCAGCUACCCAGGAAAAAUGAUUUUUAUUCAUAUGAGCCACCUUCUGAGAAUCCUUCCCCAGAAACUGAAUCACUGUGUCUCCAACUUAAGUCUGGUGCUCAUCUAUGCAGGGUUUGUGGCUGUUUAGGCCCCAAAACGUGCUCCAGAUGCCACAAAGUGUAUUACUGCAGCAAGGAGCAUCAGACCCUAGACUGGAGACUGGGACAUAAGCAGGCUUGUGCACAACCAGAUCAUUUGGACCAUAUAAUUCCAGACCACAACUUCCUUUUUCCAGAAUUUGAAAUUGUAAUAGAAACAGAAGAUGAAAUAUUGCCUGAGGUUGUGGAAAAGGAAGAUUACUCAGAGCUUAUAGGGAGCAUGGGUGAAGCACUUGAGGAAGAACUGGAUUCCAUGGCAAAACAUGAAUCCAGGGAAGAUAAAAUUUUUCAGAAGUUUAAAACUCAGAUAGCCCUUGAACCAGAACAGAUUCUCAGAUAUGGCAGAGGUAUUGCCCCCAUCUGGAUUUCUGGUGAAAAUAUUCCUCAAGAAAAGGAUAUUCCAGAUUGCCCCUGUGGUGCCAAGAGAAUAUUUGAAUUCCAGGUCAUGCCUCAGCUCCUAAACUACCUGAAGGCCGACAGACUGGGCAAGAGCAUUGACUGGGGCAUCCUGGCUGUCUUCACCUGUGCUGAGAGCUGCAGCUUGGGUAUUGGCUAUACAGAAGAAUUUGUGUGGAGGCAGGAUGUAACAAAUACACCGUAAGGGCAUCUUAAAGCCUUCAGAUAUGUUAAUAAUCUUUUACACCUUGCAAUUCCAUUUCUGGGACUUUAUCCUAAGGAAAUACUUAUGCCAAAAAUAGAGGUACAGAGAUGUUGAGACAUUGCUUACAGUGUCUAUAUAUUAGUGAAACAAAAGUGUCCAGUGACAGAGAAUUAAGUUUUGGUACAUCCACAGUGGAAGGCUACAGAAUCUUAUUUAUACACACACAUAUUGACAACCGAGAUAUCAUUAUAGGUAGUAUUUAUGGUAUGACCCUAUUGUAAAAAUAUUUGUACAUGUAUGUGUGCAUAGAAAUAAAUCUGCAAAGAUGUACACUUAGUGCACUGGUUACCUGUAAAUGGUGGGAUAACGAAAAUGAUCUUUUUGCUUAUACAGGCAUUUCUUUUUAU